UAGCUCCCUCUAUUAACUUUUGUUGCGUGCUGUUGGUGAUGGGGUUGUUUUGUGGCGCGAGGAUGGAAAGACCGAAAAAUGUAAAAAGAAAAUGAAGUUAUCUGCGGGAGUUGUGGUGCCCAUUAAAUUCGACACCAGGAAUACUUAUACUUAAAAGACUAAGCGUAACAAGACCAUUCAAGAGAUGCAGGGAUGGAUUUCAUUUCAAGCACAUUUCUAACUCAGGCCCCUCUACAAUCUACCAAUAUGUAACUACAAGGGUCAUCCAGAAAAUAAUGACAAUUUAGCUUUAUAUGGAAGCGAAAAGAAUUUUAAAAGUCUUAAAUGAGUCAUGACGCAUUACAUUCGGGAGAUAUGAUUUUGAAAUUAAAACCUGACACAUACAAAAAUUAUUAUGGUGUCAUCAUGAUUUCAUUGUAAAAUAAUGGCUAAAUAUCAUGUAACUUCUGAUAAAUAAAGGAUUUAUCAGAGAUGAUAUGACAUCUACUAAUUAAGUGGUCUUGCUUUAAUAGCAAAUGGGGAAGUGCCUUUCUUGUUGUGAGACUGACCCGCAUACAGAUGCACAGGAUCAUCACCUGAAAUACAUAAAUUCCAGCAGAAUGGUCGAAUCUUGUGGAGACAGUGUUCCGGUUGGAAGUUCGGUCACGUCUCGAUCUUCACGAACGUCAAAUUCCGAUAGUACAGUUCACAUCAGUAAUAAUGGUGAUACCUAUCUGAAUAGUUGUAACAAAACAUCCAUUGGUUUAACGGAAAAGUUAAUGUUCUAUCCUCGCAUUCCUCCCAUAAGAAGUGGCAGCAGUGAUAGUAAACGAUCUAGUCACUCGACACGAGAAAUUUCAGAAUCUAGAAUUUAUAGCUUGUUUGAGAAAUAUCGUGAUCCUAACGAGGAUGCAAUUUUAUCCGAUGGCAUAGAAUUAUUCUGUCAAGAUUUAAAUGUAAAACCAGAAGAAUUUAAAGUGUUGCUACUGGCAUGGAAGUUUGGUGCAGAACAGAUGUGUCGGUUUUCUCGCCAGGAAUUCGUAGAAGGAUGCAAGGCAAUGAGAGUAGAUUCCAUUCCAUCUAUACAAUCCAAGUUACCCGAAUUAAUGGUUGAAAUUCAAGAACCGGAAAAUUUUAAAGAAUUAUAUCGCUUCGCUUUUAAAUUCGGCUUAGAGGUAGGUCAGAGAAUUUUGCCGUCGGAAAUGGCCAUACAACUUUGGAAACUCGUAUUCUCCCAAAAAGAACCUCCCAUACUUCGACGGUGGCUCACAUUUUUAGAAAAACAUCCCAACAUUCGUGGGAUCCCUCGCGACACAUGGAAUAUGUUUCUAAAUUUCAGCGAAGCCAUUGGUGACGAUCUGAGUAGUUACGACGACACGGAAGCUUGGCCGUGUCUGUUCGACGACUUCGUGGAAUAUGAAAAUGAUCAGACUAACCAAAACAUACAUUUCAGUAAGAACAUAGAAGAGGGUAAAUGAUUCUUCUUGGUGUGAUUAUCAUUUGAUUUUAUAUUUUUUUCUACUCGUACUUAAAAGAGGGCUUUCUCCACGCAGGUUUGUGAUAUUUAUGUGCUUCUCGGCCGUUGCUCUGUUUGGAGUCACGAACUCGAUGCCGCUUUUUUAAUCUCCAAACACCGCUUUUGUAAUAAGGAUUUUAUUUAUAAAAUAAAUCUGGUAGAAAAAUGUACCGUAAAGAAAACAUCCAUAUCAUUGUUUUCUAUAUUUAGUUAAAAUGUGGAAUUUUGUUUGUAAUUUAUAAACAUUGAAACGUGACACGAUAUCAUUUUCAAUAACUUUGUUGAGUCUUAACAAAGUAAAUAAAUAUCUUCUUAUUCUUUAUAUAAAAAAAAAUAUAUUAAAUAUAUUUAUUUUGUGAUUGUUAUUAUGAUAUAACUCAUUGUACUAUAUUAAAGGAAGUUAAAAAAAGAAAUUUACUAAAAUCUUAAAAAAAAUUAUAAAGCAUGUUAACAGAUAAAACAAUAGUACAAAUCAGUGGAUAGUAUUGAAGCGUAUGACAGCUGCUCUGUUCUAGAGCAAUGUAACUUAUUCCAAUUGAAAGUGAAUUGGAUAUAAGGGAAAAUUUUUAAUAAAAGGUUUUUAAACAUUGA